AAUCUCCUACUCACAAGGACAAGAAAAUAUUACGUUAUGAAAUUCCUGAUAUGUAUAUAUAGGAAACAACGUAUCAAAUGAAAUUCACACUUCAAAGCUAACAUCUAAAAAAGUUUAGGUGAGUGAAGUGUUGAAAAAGAGAAGAUAUGAACAUGGAGAUAACUGGCAGCUAUGAAGCACCACUCCCACUUCUCUCACUCAAUCAUGUCUCUAUAUUAUGCAGAUCUGUGUUAGACUCUAUGAGGUUUUAUGAGGAAGUUUUGGGUUUUGGUCUCAUCAAACGCCCUUCCUCUUUCAAAUUCAAUGGAGCCUGGUUGUAUAAUUAUGGUUUUGGAAUACACCUGCUGGAGAAUCCAAACUAUGAUGCAUUUGAUACCCCUAUGGAUGAACCACGACCCAUUAAUCCCAAGGACAAUCACAUAUCUUUCCAGUGUACAGAUGUUGGACUUGUGAAAAUGAGGUUGGAAGUAAUGGGGAUGAAGUAUGUUACAGCUUUGGUAGAAGAUGAAGGAAUCAAGGUGGAGCAGGUGUUCUUCCAUGACCCAGAUGGAUACAUGAUAGAACUUUGCAACUGUGAGAAUAUCCCAAUUGUGCCUAUUUCUUCUUCUUCGUGCUCUUUCAAGGCAAGAAGCCCGAGCAUUAAGAAGGCUCCCACCAAGUGUGGAUUCAUGGAAAAUGUUAUGAUGCGAAGCUUGAGCAUGGACAUGAUGAACUUUGCGUUUUAAGUUUUCAUAAGGUCAAAAUAAGUUGGUGAAAAUAAUUUUCUUUUUUUGUAUGUAAGAUCAGAAAAGUGUCUGUUCAUAAAAAAAGAAAAGGAAAAAGUGCAUAACAUUGUUGUUAGUUUAUGUAUGUAAUCAUUAUAUCCAAAAAUAUAUUGUAUUUGAAGUGCUU